AUGGGCCCCCCCGAUGGCGAGCCCACGGCUGAGCAGGAGGCGGAAAGGAAGCGGAGCGCUCGACUGAAGACAUCCGCGCGGCGAAUCGGAGUGGUGUCGGACUCGGUGCGGAUGUGUGCAAAGCCUUUACCACCGUCCAAAAUGUUGCUGAAGUCAGGUUCCAAAGACAUCGUGAAGAAGGGCUCCGCAAGGAAGAAUCGGUACAUGGUGGUCUUCAAUGGGCUGCUGGCACCUAUGGCAGGUGGAAAGUUGGGAACUCUCUCGCAGCUGGACUCGCAGAAUCCUGUGAUGUACUUUGACUUUCCAGAGGGGCGUCUGAAGUGCUUUGGCACAAUGGUACACACCAAGGACAGGUACAUGGUCCUGAAGUUCGGCGCUCGAGACAGCGUUUUGUGUGAGGACACAUUUGAGAGCAUGAUCAUUUUCUCUGAAUCCCAUUGGGUUGGCCGAAAGGAGGACAACCCUGAGGAGAAGGCACUGCCAUUCCCAGAGGUCGUGCAGAAAAGAACCAUUCAUAAGGAGUUCUCAUUCAAGACUGGUGCUGGGAGCUAUGGUGAUGAGAACGGGGGAACAGGGACUCAGGCCUCCAUGAAGGACAGCCAGCGCACAUCACAAUCUGCAGGCAAGCAGGGUAGGAGAAAGUAUGUCGAAACAGAUGAGUCGUCUUCUCCCUCAUCCUCGUUUGGAGACGAAGAGGACACCAGUGAUGGCGAUGCAGAUAUGGAGAAAAGGACAACUGUCAGUGACAGGCCAACCAAGAAGAAAGCGUCAGCUCCAAGGAGACGCGCAGCUAGGAGAACGCUGUCUUCGGGCUACGAAUCAUCGGACGACGAAGUGCCACUUCGACGGAGCCUCGCAAAACGUCCCAGAACGGCCGAGGCAAAAAGGAAAGGAAGCCCUUCUUCCUCAAUGGACAGCGACUUGGGCGCCAUUGAUGGCCAUGAGCCAGUCGUGGACCUCACAACGCCCCCCAAGCGCAACCCCGGUCGGGCUGCAGGCCUGGCGGCGAGCCGCAAACUUCAAGAACAAGUCCAAGUGGAGAACGAGGAGAGCAGGUCUCAGGGGGAGGAGGACAGCGAACCUGAAGCCGGGGGAAGUGUUGGGGACGAGAGCAGCGACGAGCCGGUGGUGCAGCGGAGGAAAAGCGCCAACGGGCCAUCUCAAGGCGGCGAGAAAGCUCGCGGCAGGAGAGGCGGGGCCGGGAAGCAGCAGCCGGGGCGGAAGCGCGGCCAACAGAAGAGAAUCGUGGAUCUGUUGGAGGACAGCGGAGACAAAGGCGAAGACGAAGACGACGACAACGACGAAGACGAACCCGCUGAGGAGGUGGUGGCCACCCAGUCGAACCCCGCGAAGCGCAACCCGGGGAGGGCGGCAAGCACAGCAGCGAAAAGGAAACUGGAGCAGAUCGCAAGCCAAAGGGAAGAAGCACGCGCGAGCGAUGGGGACGGAUCGGAAUCCGACGGUGAGAGCGAAGAGGAGGGGGGGGGUGACGACGAUGGAGACGAUUCUGACUACCAGGACGAAGAUGAAUGA